ACUCAGAAACGAAUCUAGUGAGUCUACAGAAGGGGGCAGCAAACCCUUCCACACGAUCAGGUUGGGACUUAACACUAUGUUUUGUUCAGCCGUUGCCAGGCAACCCUUGCAACAAAAUGACGGAGUUGCACCAAGCCGCCGCAGCAGGGGAUUUUGACAAAGUUGAAGAGAUUCUGAAGAACAAGAAAUGCAGCCCCAACGAGAGGGACGUGGACUGGAGCAACAAGACUCCUCUUCACUGGGCUGCAGCUCGAGGACACACAGAAACAGUCCGGGUUCUCAUUGAGCAUGGAGCAAGGCCCAGUCUAAGGACAGAGUUUGGGUGGACCCCAGCCCAUUUUGCUGCAGAGUAUGGCCACGUGGCUGUGCUGCGCCUGCUUCACGCUGUCCAUGCUCCCAUAGACAAGGAGGACAGCUGUGGAGACAAACCAGUGCGGAUUGCAGAAAUAUAUGGACACCAAGACUGUGUUCAAUUCCNNNGCAGAGCAGAGACUGAGAGCCAGGCCUACCGUAAGAUGGCAGCCCAGAAAGGGAUUGCAGUGGAGGACACAGACAAGGAUUGGACAGAAUAUGGCAGAGAACAGGGAGAACAUUUUUUUGAACGGCAACAUUCCUGUGUUGACCUUAAUCACUGUUACACAACACGGGGUAAAGGAGAUGCACAACAUUUUAGCUGAGCUUACUGUGUUUGAAGACAUAUUUACAGUA